AUGACACCAGGGGAAGUCCUAGGCAAGCCAGAGGAGGUCAACCGCAGGAAUGGAGGUUCAUCAGAAACCGUAGCAGGUGCAGCACCAACAGGAGCAGCUGCAGCAGCUGCAGAUGGCUGGCAAGUGGCGGAUCGUGCUGCGGAGGUGGCGCCCAAUAUGUUGUUGCUGCCUUUACGGGGCCCAAAGAGUUGCGUGCUUAUGGCGGAAGAGGAAGAGUCAGCCUUUUCUGAGAGCCCUCCUGAUGUAGAUGAAUACGGGGUCCCCACCCCUAACGCGGCGAGCAGAGGCUAUCAGCUCGACAUAGCACUACUUCCGGCGUCUGCCACUCCCCCUCCGGCUUCCCCAGGGCCUCCAGGCGCUACAGUUGUCCCCCCAAGAGCUCUUGGAGCGAACGCCACUUGCGUCGCAUACGCCGUCAGGCCGGGCGUUGUUAGGGUGGUGCGGGUUCUUGACCAUCAGGCCCUAGAGGCGGCCUCUGUCUGCAGGGUUUUGCUGCCACCGCCUCCGCCGGAGUCCUUGAGCCCUCGCGCAGCAGCACAUAUCUCUUUGUGUCAAGAGAAGCCGCACUUUCUGUUGCUAGCAGACAUCCACGGUUUGGCGGUGGUGUACAAGCGCAAGGUAGACAGCUCUGCUGCUCAGGCAGGGGCCCAUUCGGCGCCAACAGACACAGAAGGGGCCCCGCAGGGCCUCUCUGGCCAAGAAGGGGGGGCACUUGGCGUUCCUACGGACACUGCGACUCCCUUUGUGCAGCUUCAGCUCGACCUGCAGAAGCACGGCCCUCUUCUUGACGCUUUCUGGCUUCCGCCGCUGCAGCAGCAGCAGCAAGAGGCGGGAGGAGGCGCCGCAGAAGAUACAAAGACAGAAGGCGGCUGUUUUUUCGUGACUGUGCAGCAGCGGCGAGUUGCUGUCUGGUCUGUUCCCCUACUCCGCAUUUUGGCGAUUACACUACGGAGAGAGCCCCAGGCUGAGCCCCUUGAAGCAGGAGAGGCGGAGGCAGCGGACUGCUGCUGCUGUGCGUUGCCCUUGGAGGAAGCAGCGGCAGCCGCAGCUGGAACAGCAGCAACAGCCUCCCCGCAUGACCCGUUUACCGUGGACAGCAGCAAAGAGAGUGCAUUGGUUUGUUCUGUCUGCUUCGCCUCAAGGGAGGGAUGCCUGUUGGUUGGGCUGACGGAUAAGAGUGUUACUGCGUGGCAGCUGAAGGUUCACCAAAAUGGUCUUCGGGGCGCCACACUGCUAGGCGGCAUGAAGCUGCCGGCGGGCCCCACAGAUGCUACUGCUGCAGCUGUGGAUUCGGCCGUUCCUGCACCAGACCAGCAGAAGAAGCAGCAGCAAGCAGCAACAAACACUAAUCCUUUUUUCUCCUACCUCGGAUCUCUUGACCCCACGAGCAUCCUUUUGAGGCACCAACAGCAACAACAGCAGCAGCAAGAGGACCUCGAACAGCAGCAGCUGCUACGGGAGAGCACAGCAGAUUCGUUCAAGCUGCUGGUGGUGUACGGCAGAGGGUCCAGCGGGGCUGCAGACUCUGUUCCCUAUCUAGUAGUUUGCUUAGAGGGUUCAUAUUAUGCGCAGAUCUUCUCUCUGCGUAUCCGGGAGUUGUUGAUGCAGCAUCAGCAGCAGCAGCAAUGCCCAAAGCCAGCUCUCCUAGGACCCUGCCAGCAGACCCUUUGUUUCGGCUCGCCAGAGGACAUCGCCUCUUGUGCUAGCAGCAGCAGCAACAGCAGCAGCAACAACAGCACCAGCAUCGGGUCUGAGUUCCGCGCUUGGCCCACGACCGACUUCACGCAGCGCUUCCUGGUGGUUGGUGUUUCAAUGAAGAGAACAAACGUCUCUCGUUCUUACCUGUGCGUCUUCGAUACGCAUAACCAGCAGCACCAAGACCACCAGCAGGAGCAGCAGCAACAGAUGCUGCCUCUUCCAUGCGUGCUGCUGACACGUCUGCACAUACCUCUGGUCCGUGUAGGCGCUGCAGUCCUUACGGGGGCCCCAGCAGCAGAAGGCCAGCGAGUACAGUUCUUGGGGGGGGAGGCAGCACUCUAUUGCUAUUGCGUAUUCGUGGCAGACCAAGACAGGCAGCCGCCGCAGCAGCAGCAGCAAGUGCAGCGGAGGCCAGAUCUGCUAAGGGUGCACUACGUCGAAUGUACAAAACUCGCAGCCGCAGAUGGGAACCUUCAGUGGCGUAUGCUGCGUCCUCCCGCAGCGCCGGCAACCGAACGAGCAACAGCAGGUAGCUCGGCAGCAGGCCCGCCGCUUGAGAUGGGCACAUCUUCAUCCGAAGAUGCGGCCCUGCCGCCCGCAGCAGGAGACACAGCAGGGGUGGCGUCUACUGCCGCUUCAGCUUCUGCUCCUACUCCUGCUGGAGCCAGCAGCAGCAGCAGCAGCAGCUCGCCAGGUCAACAGGCAGUCCCACAGGAGGUCCCAUUUGCGCCCGUUGGCAUUUCUGCUGCUACUCCCCCAGCAGACCCUGCCAUUGUUCUUGCCCUCCCCGGCCCGCCUUCAACAGCAACAGCAGCAGGAGCGACGGCAGGAGCACCAGCAGCAGAAAAUGACUCCACGUCAUCAAACGGGCUGCUUCAGUUACUUCUUAAAGGCAACAAGGGAACCAACGGCAGCAACAAGAACAAUGGCAACAGCAGCGCAGGUCCAGCUACCGUUUCCGCCUCAGCUGCUGAGCCCAGCAGCGGGAGGCGAUCUCCUCCUCUUGCAGCAGCAGCUCUUCCUGCUGCUGAGGAGGCGGUGAGUAGCCCUCGCUCUGCUGCUGCUGCCAGCAGCAAGGGAGGUCUGAGCCCCCAAUGGAAAACAGAGGACGAGUCUGCUGCUGCUUCGCCGCCGUCUGCUGAGGCCGAUGGUGCAAGAUGUGCAGCGGCAAAGGAUGCAGCGAAGCACGGUGCAGCAGCACCACCAGCACCUGCGGACGCAACAGGUACAGCUGGGAAGGCCAAGCAAGAGCCUGCGCAGCAUCAAAGCCAAGCUGGAGGACGCAGGAAGGGGAAGCAGCAGCAGCAACAGCAGCAGCAACAGCAGCAGCAACAGCAGCAACAGGCUUCUGGAUCAUCAUGUCCCCCGUCCAGCAUUGCCUCCGAGUCCCCGUUGGCAGCAGGAGGUGCAAAAGGGGCCAUUGGCUUUGAGGCGAUGAAGCAUGCUCCUUCGCACGUUAUUCCGUUUUUUGCGCUUGCAGUAGCAGCAGCAUCAGGAGAGGUGGAGUUAGACGGAGCUACUGCGCCGAGCACGAGCAGCCCGCUGACCUACGAGGCGGUGGAGUCCCUCAUUUCAAAAGCCAUGGAAGGCCUCCCACAAAGGCUCUCUAUGAGCUUGACGAUGAUGAAGUCCCACGCGUGUUCCUGUACUGACAAACAGCAGCAGCAGCGGAUGGCGUCUUCUGUAGCAGCAGAAGUUCAGCGAGUCAUCUCCACCCAGCUGAAAGGUGCUCUCCGCGAGGCCGCCGAAGCAGCAAAAGCUACAUCUUUGCCUGCUGCUCACGAGGACACUGCUUCUGCAGCACAGCAGGAAAAGCUGGUAGAGGAGCUGGACGCGAUGAAGUUCGAGUUGUCAUAUGAGAUAGAGGAGCAGAUACGGAAGCAAGUGAAAUCAAUUACCACCGCCAUCGACAACCACCGGCGGCAGCUGCAGCAGCAGCUGCAGCAGCAGCUGCAGCAGCAGCUGCAGCAGCAGCUGCAGCAACUAGUACUUCCUCUGCAGCAGCAGCUACAAAAGAUCAAUAGCCAGUUACAGCAGCAAUGCCAGCAGCAGCAGCAACAGCUGCGGCUACUGCAGCUGCUGCAGCAGCAGCGACAAACUCCUGCAGAUAACACAGCAAAUUGGAAGCUCAAGGAGACAGUUGAGAAAUUGUUUAAAACUCAGGAGGCCGUAUUAGUCAAGAACUUCGACACAGCAGAAAAGGGCUUGGCAGCUUUGCGUUUUCAGCUGCGGGAUUUGCGUGAGGAAGCGAAGCAGAACCUGGAGCAGCAGCAGCAGCAGCAGCAGCAGCUGGUGUCGCUGCAGCAGCAGGUGCAGCGGCAGCAACACGGGCAGCACGAGUUCCUGCAGCAGCAGCAGCAAGUGCUGACGCAGCUAACAACUGUAACAAAUCAAAUCUCAGUUCUCUUUUCGCAAGCAGGUGGGGCAGGAACUCCUCUUCAGCUGUGUGAUCGCAUGUCUAAUGCUGGGGAAGGUUCUUUGGCAGUGCCUGGAGCAGCAGCAGCAGCUGCUGCUGCUGCUGCUGAGCGGGAAACAUCUGUGCAGUUUGCAACUCGCCUCAAGGCAUUGACAGCGGAGGAAAAGAUUGAUGAGGCAUUUGGCCUUGCGAUAUCAGCGGACUUGGAAAAAGAAACAAAAGGCUUUUGGGUUAACUUCAUUUGCAAGCUCGUCAACCCUGACAAAAUAUUCGAUGCUGAACCACCACUCCUUGGGCAGGCAGCACUACUCGGAGUCGGAAAAGUGUUGUCUGAUUCUCUGUCUCACGAAGCAGCAACGGCAGAUCAGCAAACGCUGCAAGAAAGGGCGCAGUGGCUGUUGGAGGCGUUCACUCAAUUGGAUUCUCCCAGCAAGCACAUCACAGACGAGGACUUCUUAGAGUGCUUUGUUCUCCGCUUUGCUGUGACGGGGGUGAAGGUCUCCUAA